GGUAAAUAGUAGCUGAUCUGCGAUCAGUGACGUCAUCGGCAACAGGUCACGUGAUCAAUUCUAUCUUUACGAAUCCAUCUUGUGACUGGCACUGCACUAGCACUGCAGCUGUACGUAAUGUUAUCAAUUGGCACUUCGAUUGUGUCUCUUGCUGCGUUGACAAGACAAGCACCGUUAAGACUAACGUAAGAAUCUACACAACCAAGAACAGGAUUACUUGUUUCAUCAUUGUCAAGAAAAUGCCGACAAUUUUACCCGGAUUUUAGUAUAAUAUCGUAGUGAAUCAGUGGAUAGUACAAGCUGUGUUGACUCUGCUGUGCAGUGAUGGCGGAGCCAGAUGGCGGGACAUUGUCCCAACUUCAUGUUACAAUUCAAUCAGCAAAUCUGAAGGACACAAACAGUAGCUUCUUCAGUGGAAAGGGUGAUCCUUAUGUUGAGAUGGUGGUUGAUUCACAGCCCCCUCGGAAGACAGAAGUUGUCAAAAAGACAUGGAACCCAAAGUGGGAUGAACAUUUCACUGUAUUGGUCAAACCAACAGCAGAGUUACAGUUUAAGGUUCUGAAUCACUUCAAUAUUAAAAGCGAUGUCACUUUAGGAACAGCUUCAGUUAAACUUUUACCCCUUCUUGCAAAGCAUAACGGCAAUGUCAAGAAUGUGCAUUUACCAGUAGAGCUAAGGUCAGAGGGUAAGGCUACACAGAAGAGUGGGGAACUGCAUCUUGUCCUGGAUGGCCUCAGUAUAUCCCAGGAAACCCUGACUGCACUAGGAGCAGUCACCCAAAAUGGUCCGUCAUCACAAGUGAAUGGAGAGGUAUCGGGUGGAGUUGAGGGAAUGACUAAUGGACGAUCAGAUGGUCGGAUAGCUGCCUUAGCCAACGCUAUGUCUGGAACACAAUCAGACUCUGGUGGUAGUGCCAAUAAUUCUCCCUCAUCAUCGUCUGGAGCUAGGAGACGGGCUGGUCCUCCUAGGCCAUCACAACCUCCAUCCAGAGAAUGUAGACCCACUCCUGCACCAAGAUCAUCAACGAAUUCGACCACAUUGUCAACCACUACCACAACCACUACUGCUGCAUCCAACGGUAAUCGAAACUCAGCCGCUCCCACCACAGCCAUGGCCAACAGACCACUCCCUUCACUUCCUCCUGUCACAGCACCAGCUCCAGGGGCCGCAGGAGCAGCUUCAGGAGCUAGUGUAGGAGCAGCGGCAGCUACUGCAGGUCAAACAGGGGCAGGAGCAGCACCUCCACCAGCAGGACCACCACCGGCAGCAGGUGCAUCAGGAACGGCAGCAACACCCCCUCAAGGGGCUCCUCCUGGAGCAAACCAACCUACUGCAGGUGGACCUCCUGGAAGGAAUGUAGACCUCAAUAAUCAACCUCUACCUUCAAAUUGGGAGAUGAGGUUAGACCAGCAUGGGAGACCAUAUUAUGUGGAUCAUAACACACAGACAACUACGUGGGAGAGACCCAUGCCUUUACCAUCAGGGUGGGAGAGAAGGAAAGACCCUCAAGGAAGGAUAUACUAUGUUGACCACAACACACGCACUACAACAUGGCAGAGACCAACACUGGACUCAGUAAGAAAUUUUCAACAAUGGCAGGUACAACAUGCACAACUCCAGCAAACUGCCAUGCAACAGCUACAACAACGACUUUACUUACCGCAAGCAGCUGGAGGUGUAGACCCCAGUGAUCCACUGGGGCCUUUGCCAUCUGGUUGGGAGAAGCGUACCGAUCCUCACCAGAGAGUCUACUUUGUAAAUCAUCUAAACAGAACAACACAGUGGGAAGACCCAAGAACACAGGGACAAGGAGCAAGUAUGCAGGAAGCUCCUCUUCCAGAUGGCUGGGAGAUCAGGUAUACCAAGGAAGGUGUCAUGUAUUUUGUAGAUCAUAACAACAGAAGAACAACAUUCACAGAUCCAAGGCCUAGUGCCUCAAAAGGUCCAAAAGGUGCAUUUGGUGUCCCUGUUGCAUAUGAGAGGAGCUUCAGAUGGAAGCUUGGUCAAUUCCGUUAUCUAUGUCAGAUCAAUGCAUUACCUAGUCAUGUCAAGAUCAGUGUCACAAGGAAUACAUUGUUUGAAGACUCAUUCCAUCAGAUCAUGAGGUUACAAGCUUUUGACCUGAGGAGAAGACUCUAUAUCAUAUUCAGAGGGGAAGAGGGUCUAGAUUAUGGAGGAGUUGCAAGGGAAUGGUUCUUCAUGCUGUCUCAUGAGGUUCUUAAUCCAAUGUACUGCCUGUUUGAAUAUGCUAAUAAAAAUAACUACUGUCUCCAGAUUAACCCUGCAUCAUCAGUCAACCCAGAUCAUCUACAGUACUUCCGUUUUGUAGGAAGGUUCAUUGCCAUGGCAUUAUACCAUGGGAAAUUCAUCUACAGUGGAUUCACUAUGCCAUUCUACAAAAGAAUGCUCAACAAACCUCUAACACUCAGAGACCUAGAGAGUAUAGACCCAGAAUUCUAUAAUUCAUUAGUCUGGAUCAAGGACAAUAAUAUAGAUGAGCUUGACAUGGAGAUGACCUUUGUUGCAGACUUUGAGAUUCUUGGCAAAGUAGAGACAGUGGACUUGAAAGAAGGUGGCAAGGAUAUUGAUGUAACAGAGGAGAAUAAAGAGGAAUAUAUACAUUUGAUGACUCAGUUCCGAUUUAAUCGAGGAAUUGAGGAGCAAACCAAGGCUUUCUUAGAGGGUAUGAACGAGGUUGUUCCUCUCCAGUGGCUACAGUACUUUGAUGAAAGGGAGCUUGAGCUGAUGCUGUGUGGAAUGCAAGAGUUUGAUGUAGAUGACUGGUAUAGGAACACCAUCUAUCGUCACUAUACGAGGGAGAGUAAACAGGUGCAGUGGUUCUGGAGGGCUGUCAGGGAGAUGGACAAUGAGAAGAGGGCCCGUCUACUUCAGUUUGUCACUGGAACAUGUCGUCUACCCGUCGGUGGUUUCACAGAGCUUAUGGGGAGCAAUGGUCCACAGAAGUUCUGUAUUGAGAAGGUUGGUAAAGAAACCUGGCUACCUAGGAGUCAUACAUGUUUUAAUCGUCUUGACCUGCCACCAUAUAAGAGCUACGAACAGCUUACGGAGAAGCUUACCUUUGCUAUUGAAGAGACAGAAGGAUUUGGUCAAGAGUGAGGUGACCAUCCAAUGAGCUCCAUUUAUCAUAUCCAUCCUUGGACUUCUUAUCCAGCCAAAUCAUACUGACCACAUGAAUCAGAUCUUCAUAUAUCAUUUUUGAUACACUACUUGACAUAUAUUAUGAACAUGAAAUGUGACAUGAAGAAGACAGGUUAUUUUGAUUCGAAUGGUAUGACUUACAUGUAUGAGAUUAGGAUUUACCUAAAGAUUUCUUCAUUUAUAUUAUCAUGAUGAUCAUGAAGAUUAUGACCAUUUUAAUCUUGUUAAUGGCUUCUGAUAUCUCUUUUCAGCUUCUCUAUCUCUAUCUGCAGGUUUUUUUAACACCUUCCCUUUGGUUCAGUGUGAUAUAUACAUUCAAUUCCUCCAUUUGUAGCAUGAUGUAAACUACUGUUGCAUAUUUUAAGAUUUUUGUAAGAUCAGAGGGUAUAUAGGAGUGUUGUAGCAUGUGAUAACAGAAUCAUGCUCAAGCUAUAUAAGACUAAUUUUGUAGUACUUUCAUAAGUGAUUUCAUUGGUUAAUUAACUAGAGAGAUGGAUCAUUGCAGAAUUAAAGACAAGAGAAUAAUAAAAGAUGUCAGCCAUUUUGCUAAUGCUUUGAAGAGCUCUUACAGUUAAAGGAAAUGAUAUCAAGUCUUUGAUUGAUCCUAGCAUAUUUAUUUGCAAUCAAUGGCUGAAUUGCAAUGCUCAGUUAUUAUUGCAUGCUACACCAGCCAGAAACCAAACAGCGAGUGUUCUUUCAUAUUUGCCAUCCAUCGCAAACAUAUGUGUCAUGGUACCCAAAUAAACAAGAUAGUACAGUUUAUAGUAUCUACAGCCAUGAAGUUAUUUGUUAACCCUAUAUAGCCUGGGUUAUUUUGAAAUUGCAUAGGCCGGGGGGGGGGGGGGGUGUAGAGGCUGUUUUUGCUCCCCCCCUCUUCUUGGUCAUUGAUCACGGUAAAAAUUGGCAUGCAUGUCCCACAUAGCGUGAUGUCCCACAUUUUCAAAUUGAUUUUUGAUUAUCAUAAUGCAUAAAAUCACAAUCUUAGUAAUACUUAUACAAUACUUAACACUAAAAGGACGGGGGGGGGGUGGUGGGGGGGCAUUUUGCCGCCCUCAACGCUUUGCAUGAUAUAUCCAUAACGCUAAAUUUUAUGACAUUUUUCUUUAAAGUCUCGCACAACUUUUGAGACCAUAUUUGUGAUGUACGGGUAUAGUGUCGCGAUGCCACAUGACUGUUUAUGAGGCAAUGUCAUACCGAAAAUUUUUGUACCUUGUGUAGUAAGUCUGUACGAGAUGAAAUUCAUAAAAAAGUGAUUAUUUUUCAUUCUAAUUGGUCUGCUUAAUGAAUUUAGAGUUUAAUUUAGUUGUUUAUUGGUCUAUAAUAAUUUCUAUUGAAAAGAAUCAAUGAAAAACAAAAGAUAAAAACAAAGAAAUACAUAAGAAAUUCUAAAAACAAAGCAAUGCAUAAGUAAAAAUUUUGCUUUCGCAAAUUUGUAUUUGUGGAAGCCUUUAAAUAUGAUUACAAAGAUGACAUCUGAGAAAACAAAUGAGAAUUUGAAGUGAAAUUGGGUUUUAAAUAUGCAAAUAAUGUUCAUA